AUGGGCAUGGCAGACCAUAUUUUACUUACUGAGGUGUCCAUUAGCGCCGCGUGCCGAGUUGGUAGGCACGGGAGGAGCGUGAUGGGGCGCCGCUGGUCUAGUGCGUACAAACUUCCUCAUGCCGCCGGGACUCGAACCCGCAUCGGCGACGCACUAAACAAACAAGAAGCAAAAAACCGCAUUGUAACACUCGCCGGGAGGCACUCGACAGAUGGGCCUGGGGCGAAGAGCGCGGAAGAAGUGCUUGCGUGCGCAGAGGGCGGCGGUCGCGCGCUCACUGCGAACGAAUGCGAAUGCGCCGCGGCGCGGGCACGUCGCAGACGGCGCACUACAGUUACAAUUACAAAUCGUGGCGCUAAG